CUCCCUUCAAUCCGCCGAAUCCAUCUCCCUCACUCCCUCAACCUUGAAUUUCCUCGACGACCUCCCGUACACCCGGUCACCCACGGAGCGCUUCUUCUCGGCGGGUGGGGUUGUUUUUACUCCCUAAAAGCCUCAUGUGCGCCUUGUGCCGAGUAUACGCACUUUCCAAGUGCGUGAAGCAGCAAAAAAGUGACUAAAUACGAGAGUCCAUGUUUUCGUGUUGGAGACGCAAAUGGGAGGGAAUUGAGUGUGUGGACAAUGCUCUCGUGUGCCGCGGGGAUGUUUUAACCUCUCGCUGAGGGCUCAGGGAUCCCAGUUGCAUCGAGCAAUUUCGCAAGUUCAAGCGAAAAUUGAAGUUCGAUGAGGAUUUUUGAGUGAAUAAAUUUGUAAAUUUAAUCCGGAGAAAUGUGAACCAGAUGAUCGAGUUCGCGGCGCUCGAUUGGUAGUUCAUACGAAGGGAUUAUCAUUGUAAAAAUUAAGAUGGUGCAGCGACCGGUGGUGCCUCGACGUAACGUCAGGAUCCUCCUGAUCGGUGAUCAGGGUGUGGGUAAGACCUCCCUGAUCCUGUCGUUGGUGAGUGAAGAGUACGCCGAGGAGGUGCCCCACAAGGCCGAGGAGAUAACGAUACCAGCGGACGUUACCCCCGAACAAGUGCCCACCCACAUUGUCGACUAUUCGUCUACCGAGCAAACUGAGGACCAACUGAUGGAAGAGAUCCAAAAGGCUCACGUUAUCUGCGUCGUGUACUCAGUCGACGAUGAGGAUACGUUGGACAGGGCUGCCAGCUACUGGCUACCACUGGUGAGAAAGUGCUCGACUAGCAACAGAUGUCCUGUGGUGUUGGUUGGAAAUAAAAUUGACCUCGUCGACUACUCCACGAUCGAGGCGGUCUACCCCAUCAUGAAAGAAUUCUCGGAGAUUGAGAGCUGCAUCGAGUGCUCGGCGAAGACUCUCCAGAACAUCUCGGAGAUGUUUUAUUAUGCUCAGAAGGCGGUGCUGCAUCCAACCACUCCGUUGUACAAUUACGAUACUCAGGAGCUCACGGAGGAGUGCAGGAGAGCUCUGCAGAGAAUAUUCAAGAUCUGUGAUCUCGAUAACGAUGGCCUGCUCAAUGACAUGGAGCUGAAUAACUUCCAGCAGUCGUGCUUCAAUACUCCUCUGCAGCCGCAGGUGCUCGAGGAUGUCAAGGCUGUACUGUCGAAGAAUAUUCAUGAUGGCACUUGCAAUGGCUGUGUUACCAUGAAAGGCUUCAUGUAUCUCCAAUGUUUGUUUAUUCAACGAGGGAGGAAUGAAACCACGUGGGCGGUUCUCAGAAAAUUUGGAUACGACAAUGAGCUCCAGAUGUCGAAAGAUUACAUCCACCCACCAUUGAAAGUACCAACUGGGUGCACAACAGAGUUAUCCCAUAAAGGUCAAGAAUUCCUGACAAUACUGUUCAUGCAGCACGAUAGAGAUCGCGAUGGCGCUUUAUCACCACCUGAAAUGGAAUCAUUGUUUUCACGUUGCGUGACACCACCAUGGGGCGACGAGUUCAAACACACUGUACCUACUAAUGAAAAGGGCUGGAUUACCUAUCAAGGAUACAUGUGUCAAUGGGCCCUAAUGACACUAACCAACGUACGAAAAACCCUGGAGUACAUGGCAUACCUAGGCUACAGUAUGUUUAACAAUGAGUGUCAAACGAGUGCUAUAACCGUCACAAGAGAGAAGAAACUGGAUCUCGCGAAGAAACAGUCCAGUCGAAAUGUCUACACCUGUCACGUGAUUGGGCGAAAGAGCAGUGGAAAAACCACUCUAUGUAGGACAUUUAUCGAUCCCAAACUCGAGAAAUUGACUGAUGAUAAUGUACCAUCGAGCGCUCAGAUUGUGGCGAAUACGGUGCACGUUUAUGGACAGGAGAAGACUAUUAUAUUGAGAGAUAUUAAUAUUUUGAAUGUUCAAGAUGCCUUAACUCCUGCACAAAUACAGUGCGAUGCUGCAGCUCUUGUUUACGAUGCCAGCGAUCCAAAGUCAUUCGAGUAUAUUGCUCGUAUUUAUAUUAAAUAUUUUGCGGACAGCAAGAUACCCGUACUAAUAGUAGCAAACAAGAGCGAUCUCGCUGAAGUUAAACAAGAGUACCUGCUCCAGCCAGCGAGCUUCUGCAGCAAGUACAAACUCAUGCCCCCACAACCGUACAGCAUCACUCGUACUGUACGACCGGAGGUAUUCGUCAAACUAGCGACAAUGGCUGCCUUUCCCCGCUUUCAAGCAGCGUGGGUAUUAUUUUACAAACACAGCCCUUUGAGGCGUACGGUCCACAUGUUGCUUGUCAAUCCUUCACCAAGUCAAUGGUGGAGUUCUUUCACAAGACACAUGAAGCAGUUUGGUCUGGCCCAAGGGGAGUCAGUUGCCUGGUGGAAGGCCGGUCUUGGAAUCGCCGCAGCCACUGUAGCUGGUUUUAUGAUGAUGCGUGUACUCAACACGAACAAAAGAUAGUCUUACCAUAUUAUAUAUUUUUUCCUCCUAUCCCCGUCCCUCGUAUUAUACCACUUGUUUAAGAAAACAAUGCCCUUACCGUAAAGCACGCGUUAAGUUAAUAAACACUGUUCCCAAA